GUUUAAAAGGGUCACGUCUUGCCUUACUUGAAGAGAAAGCUCCUCUUCCUCACGUACAAUUGUUUAGUCGCGUCAAAAAAUGUCUUCUCUUCCCCCUGUUUACAUUGUCUCGGCUGCCCGUACACCCACGGGUAUGUUCCUUGGCUCGCUCUCGAGUCUGAGCGCUAUCCAGCUUGGCUCUCAUGCUAUCAAGGCUGCCGUUGAGCGCGCUGGCUUGAAGCCUGAGGAUAUCGAGGAGGUCUUUGUCGGCAAUGUCAUGUCCGCAAACCUCGGCCAGAACCCUGCCCGCCAGUGCGCCAUUGGUGCUGGUCUCCCCGAGUCGACCGUGUCCACCACCAUCAACAAGGUGUGCGCCUCCUCGAUCAAGUCCCUGAUUGUUGGCGCCCAGACCAUUAUCACUGGCAAUGCUGACAUUGUUGUCGCUGCCGGUACUGAGAGCAUGUCGAAUGUCCCUCACUACCUCCCCAACAUGAGGACCGGUGCCAAGUUCGGCGACCAGUCGCUGGUCGACGGUGUCCUUAAGGAUGGUCUUACCGAUGCCUACAAGAAGGAGCACAUGGGACUGCAGGGAGAGGAGUGCGCUGACGACUACGGCUUCACCCGCGAGGACCAGGACGAGUACUGCAUCCGCUCGUACAAGAAGGCCAUAGCAGCAACUGAGGCUGGCUGGUUCACCUCUGAGAUUGUCCCCAUCGAGGUUCCUCAGGGACGUGGCAAGCCUCCGGUCACCGUCUCCGUUGACGACGAGCCCAAGAACUUCAACGAGUCCAAGACCCGCGCACUCCGCUCUUCCUUCAAGAAGGACGGUACUGUCACCGCCGCCAACGCCUCCCCGCUCUCGGAUGGCGCUGCUGCCCUUGUUCUCGCUUCCGAGGAGGCUGUCGAGAAGCACGGCCUCAAGCCCAUUGGCAAGAUCCUUGGCUGGGGUGAUGCUGAGCAGAACCCUUCCAAGUUCACCACCGCUCCUUCUCUUGCCAUGCCCAAGGCCCUGAAGCACGCCAAGAUCGACAUUUCCGCCGUCGACGCUUUCGAGAUCAACGAGGCUUUCAGCGUUGUUGCGCUGUCCAACAUGAAGAUCCUCGGCAUCCAGGAAGACAAGGUCAACCUUCACGGAGGUGCUGUGGCUCUCGGUCACGCCCUUGGCGCUUCUGGUGCCAGGAUCACAACUACUCUUCUUAGUGUGCUCAAGGAGAAGAAGGGCAAGGUCGGCUGCGCUGGUAUCUGCAACGGUGGAGGCGGUGCCUCUGCCAUUGUUAUCGAGUCGCUGCAGUAGAGAAACGAAUACCCAAAUGAUUGACGCAUAUGACGGAUAGAUAAAUGAAACAUAAUUACAGUACCCUCAAGAGACUCUCCUCGAC